CCAGCAUUGUAGGUGGACUGUCUCCGGCCGGGACUACAACUCCCAUGAACACCUGCUGUCGGAUUGAAUUCAGCCAAUCAAAAAGCGAACUAUUUCCUUGGCCGCAUGAAGGUUUCCUGCUGUGCCCCAGAUCUGUGUGGGAAGAAGCAUGACAACAGUUGUCUACUGCAAAACAAGACAUACUUGAAAAGGAUAAGUAAACGUUUGGAAUGUGAAGACUGUGAAGACAAACUAAGGAAACAGCUUCUUUGACUUUGGUACUGAAGAAAGAAUUUAACUUCUGAGUAUUUGCACAGGGUUUAACAAGUUGCUAGUGGACUCUUCAAUUAACAAAACAGCUUUCAUGUCUCAGAAUGAUAACAAUGCAUUAAGAGCUGUAUCCAUAGUUGAAAGCACUCAACAAAAAGACCCUACAAAAAUGGCUACAGCAGCUGAUGCUCUGGGAAGUAUAGCUAUCGAUGCAACACACCUCACCAUGUCAGUCACAGACCCGACAGCCUGGGCCACUGCUAUGAAUAAUCUUGGGAUGGUCCCUGUAGGACUGGCUGGCCAGCAAUUGGUUUCAGAUUCACUGUGUGUACCAGGAUUUGAUCCAAAUCUUAGCAUGAUGACUGGGAUAACACCAAUCAAUCCCAUGAUGGCCAGUAUGGGUCUGUUACCACCUCCACCUGCACAGCUGCCGAUUGUCAAAGAAAUCAUCCACUCUAAAAGCUGCACUCUCUUUCCACCUAACCCAAAUUUGCCUCCUCCAUCUACAAGAGAGAGGCCUCCAGGCUGUAAAACUGUAUUCGUUGGAGGAUUACCUGAAAACGCUACAGAGGAGAUAAUUCAAGAGGUCUUUGAGCAAUGUGGAGACAUUACAGCAAUUCGCAAAAGCAAGAAGAAUUUCUGUCACAUUCGAUUUGCAGAAGAGUUCAUGGUUGAUAAAGCCAUUUACCUAUCUGGUUAUCGAAUGCGAUUAGGAUCCAGUACAGAUAAAAAGGACUCUGGUCGCCUACAUGUAGAUUUUGCACAAGCAAGAGAUGACUUUUAUGAAUGGGAAUGUAAACAGAGAAUGUUUGCAAGGGAAGAGCGCCACAGACGCAAGCUGGAAGUGGACAUGCUGCGCCCUCCAUCACCACCAGCAAUCAUGCAUUAUUCUGAACAUGAGGCCACAGUGCUUGCAGAGAAACUGAAAGAUGACACCAAAUUCUCAGAAGCUAUCGCUGUCCUCGUGACCUGGAUAGAGAGAGGAGAAGUUAAUCGAAGGUCAGCAAACCAGUUCUACUCAAUGGUGCAGUCUGCAAAUAGUCAUGUUAGACGACUGAUAAAUGAAAAAGCAACACAUGAAGAGCAGAUGGAGGAAGCCAAGGAGAUCUUUAAAACAGAACUGCUGGGAAUUCUUACCCAAUUUGAGCAGAUUGUGGCCGUUUUCAACGCUUCCACCAGACAAAAAGCAUGGGACCAUUUCUCGAAAGCUCAGCGCAAGAAUAUUGACAUUUGGCGGAAGCAUUGUGAGGAGCUCCGGAAUGCGCACAGUGAACAGCUCAUGGGUAUCCGGAGAGAGGAGGAGAUGGAGAUGUCAGAUGAUGAUGACAGCAGUGAUGUUCCCAGCAAGAAAACUAAAGUAGAUGAUACAGCUCUAGCUGCACAAGCUUAUGCACUAAAGGAAGAGAAUGAUAGCCUGAGAUGGCAGUUGGAUGCAUACAGGAAUGAAGUUGAACUUCUAAAACAAGAACAAGGACACCAUGCACGAACAGAGGAAAGCUUGACCAAGGAUCAGCAGUUACAAUUCCUGCAGCAGGCAAUGCAAAAUAUGCAACAGCAAUUAGUGGCAAUGCAGGAGGAGUUAAACACCAGGAAAAGUGAACUAGAAAAAGCCAAGGAAGAACAAACACAUGCACAGGCCUUAGUGAAUGUUCUCAAAGAACAGCUUAAGAAUGCCAAAGAGGUUUCAGAUUCCAAUAACCAUAACUACCUCUGUAAAGAGAACGGCACUGUCAGUGUUGCUGUGUUCAAUCACGAUAAAGAAAAGGAUGCAGAAAAACAAAGACAGACUCUUAAAUCAGAGAAGGAAGCUCUGCUUAUAGGUAUCAUAUCAACAUUUCUCAACGUUCAUCCCUUUGGCGCCAAUAUAGAAUACUUGUGGUCUUACCUUCAGCAGCUGGACUCAAGGAUUUCAGCAAAUGAAAUUGAAACAUUAUUGACGAGGUUACCGAGAAUGUUUAAACAAGAAUUCACUGGUGUAGGAGCAACACUGGAGAAGAGGUGGAAGUUCUGUGCCUUUGAAGGAAUCAAAUCUACUUGACUAUGCUCAUUGCUAGAGACGUUUAGUGGACGUGCUGCAGCAUGGCAGACAUUUGAAGUAUUCCAUAGAAAAAGGACAUUUUGCAAGGCCAACGAACUUGAACUUUAGUUACAUCCGUGAUGUGCCCUUGUGUGUGAAGAUGUCAUUGUGCGCCAGUUUUGCAGCUUUUUAUCAGACUUGUGAUAGAACUCUUUACUGUAAAAGUAAUGACAGCAGGUGUUUCUGUUUAAAUCUAGGUAGCUCUGAAAUUGUGUAGUUACUACCAGUAUGUAGAAGAGAAUAAUUAGGUGGACAAGCAACUACUGAAGAUGAUCAUUAAUGAAUGA